AUAUUUCGCGUACAUUUACGCACGUCGAUGCUUUUUACUUAUAUUUUUUAUUUUUCACUUAAUAGAAAGAUUUCAUAUAUUAUAAUUAAUCUGUUUUAACCUGUUUGUUUCUAUCAUCUAUUCGUUAUGGAGUAAAACGAAUUUUAACUAUUAUACGAUGUGUUUGAUCGUCUGUUAUAUCUCGAAGAGGUUAGAUUACUAACAACAAGAAGAUGCGUUUUAUAAAUAGUAUUUUUAUGACGAGAUGUGUACAUACUUGUACUCCUUUAUUACGAGAGAAACCGAAAAAUUUGAAAGGCAAGAAACAUAGUUCUCAAUUAUGGUUGGAAAGACAGUUACGUGAUCCUUAUGUUGAGAUGGCUAAACAAGAAAAUUAUAGAUGUAGAAGUGCUUUUAAAUUGUUAGAGAUAAACAAAAGAAAAAAGAUUCUCAAUUUUGGAGAUACCGUAAUAGAUUGCGGUGCUUCUCCAGGUAGUUGGUCUCAGGUUGCUGUCAAGUUAACCAAUGCAGAUGGUAAACAAGAUGGUUCUGUCGGGAAAGUUAUCGCAAUAGAUAGACUUCCAAUUUCUCCAAUAGAAGGUGCGACUGUUCUUGGAAGUAUGGACUUUACUAAGGUAGAAACACAUAGAAAAGUGUACCAAUUGUUAAAUGAAACCAAAGCAAAUGUUGUUUUAUCCGAUAUGGCUCCUAAUGCUACCGGUGUACGAGAACUAGAUCAUGAAAAUAUAAUGAAGUUGAUAUAUUACGCUAUGAAGUUUGCUCUUCAGGUAUUAUGUAAAGAUGGACUUUUUCUUGUUAAAAUUUGGGACGGGCCUAAGACAAUUCAGUUACAGAACGAUUUAACAAAAUUUUAUACAAGCGUUAAAAUAUAUAGACCUAAUGCAACGCGUAGCGAAUCUAGCGAAGCGUAUGUGCUAGCGAAAGGUUUCAAAGGAUUGAAAAUAUCUUCUCCUAAUAUAAAAUAACAGACAGGCUAGAGAAAUGAGAGAACACAAUAAUUUUUGGAAUAGUAUCGUCUUAUCUUAUUGCGAUUGUUUCUACGCGCGAUGCAACAAAUGUAUUUAUAUAAAUACAUUUGUUUACAGUAAAUGGUUGUAGAAUAUGUAAUAUACAUUGUUAUAUUUAGCCAUAAAUAAUACAAUAAUUGUUCGAUACAAUUACAAUUAAUACGUAUUAUGACAGUGUUUUGUUUGUUCGUUAUUAAUACCAUAUAUAUACACAAUUCUCUUAAUAAAGUUAAUAUUUACAUAAAUUGGCAUAUAAUAGAUAAGAAACAUUACACACCACAUUGAAACAUACAUAGAGCAAUAAUGUUACCGACCACACUGUCGAGUGUCAAAUUUGUUUUAUCAUACGUGAUAUCACACGUAAAAAGAGACAUAGCCAUACACGUUGAACAUUAUUAAAAGUAAAGUCUAAUAUUAAUUUCCACUGGUCGUACGUGUCUUUCGUAUAGGACUAACUGUGUCGUGUGUGUUUCUUUGUAAAAAAAACAAUGUACGUGUAUCGUAUAACACUAAAGAAUAGUAAUACCAGUGUAACAGGACAAGGCAUAGCGACAUCGAAGACCGUCAAUUUAAUGACUGAUUCCGAGUCUGAAUUUGUAAAUACUAUUAAGAAGAAUCGUUGAAUAUCUUUCACAUCGAAAACAUUCAGAGGAUAUGGAUACGUAAUUUUAGCUGUACAAUUUUUCUGUAAAAUCGACCUCCUUAUAUCGUAAAGUAGUACAAAACGAUGAUAUUACGAGUACGCUGGAUUUGAUGCAACAAUAAACAUGUUAGAUAGCAUGGAUUUAUCGUUUAUAGCGUGAGGCGAGUAUACGUUCGUGUGCGUGCGUACAUACAACUGCAGAGCCCAAUUUUGAAUACAUAAAUACGUUAGGCCGACAGUUUCACGAGUUCGAGUCAUCAUAUGUGUGUUUAUAUUUGAUUCGCAAUCGUAUGAUCCAUCGAUGUAUCGAUAUAAGAAGAAUGAUUUAUUUUUGAUAAAACAUUGCUCAGUAUUUAUAUACGUAUCAAAUAAUAGGAUAUUCAAGUGUGAUCCAUUCUUUCACAGGAAUUAAUUAUGGUUAGCUUUAUUUCAUAUUAUCUCGAGCCGUAGAGAACGAAUAUUUCAUUAUAUAUUAUAUUAUUAAACAAACAAAACUAAACAAAAACGGUAUAACCUUCGUAAUAAUCAAAUAAUAAUAAACACGUGUUACGAGUCGAGGACGUUCGAUCGAUCUGUAAGCAAAAAUUUGUAGAUAUGUACAUAUGAAUGCAAUGUUACGA